AUGCCCAUCCUGCUGUUCCUUAUAGACACGUCCGCCUCUAUGAACCAGCGCACUGACUUGGGUACCUCCUAUUUGGACAUUGCCAAAGGCGCUGUGGAGUUAUUCUUGAAGCUGCGCGCCCGGGACCCAGCCAGCCGCGGGGACAGGUACAUGCUGGUCACCUACGAUGAACCCCCGUACUGUAUCAAGGCUGGAUGGAAGGAAAAUCACGCAACAUUCAUGAAUGAACUAAAAAAUCUUCAGGCUUCUGGACUGACGACUCUUGGUCAGGCUCUAAGAUCCUCAUUUGAUUUGUUAAAUCUCAAUAGAUUGAUAUCUGGAAUAGACAAUUAUGGACAGGGGAGAAAUCCAUUUUUUUUAGAACCAUCUAUUUUAAUUACCAUCACAGAUGGAAAUAAGUUAACAAGUACGGCUGGUAUUCAAGAAGAGCUUCAUCUUCCUUUGAAUUCUCCCCUGCCUGGGAGUGAACUAACCAAAGAACCUUUUCGUUGGGAUCAGAGAUUAUUUGCCCUAGUGUUACGUUUGCCUGGAUUGGCUUCUACUGAGCCAGAGCAACUAGGGAGUGUACCAACUGAUGAAUCUGCUAUCACACAGAUGUGUGAAGUCACCGGAGGUCGUUCCUACUGUGUUAGAACACAAAGAAUGUUGAAUCAAUGUUUAGAAUCUCUAGUUCAAAAAGUUCAGAGUGGUGUAGUUAUUAACUUUGAAAAAACAGGACCAGAUCCACUUUUUAUUGGAGAAGAUGGACUUAUGGAUUCAUCUAGGCCAAGCAAUUCAUUUGCUCCUCAACCAUGGCACAGUUGUCAUAAGCUCAUUUAUGUACGACCUAACUCUAAAACUGGUGUUCCUGUUGGACAUUGGCCAAUUCCAGAAUCUUUUUGGCCAGAUCAGAAUUUACCUUCACUACCUCCACGAACAUCUCAUCCUGUUGUGAGAUUCUCCUGUGUAGAUUGUGAGCCAAUGGUAAUCGACAAACUUCCCUUUGACAAAUAUGAACUUGAACCUUCACCUUUAACUCAGUACAUCCUGGAACGAAAAUCUCCGCAUACUUGCUGGCAGGUAUUUGUUACUAGCAGUGGAAAAUACAAUGAACUUGGAUAUCCAUUUGGUUAUUUAAAAGCCAGUACAACUUUAACUUGUGUAAACCUCUUUGUGAUGCCCUACAACUACCCAGUUUUACUCCCUCUUUUAGAUGACUUGUUUAAAGUUCACAAGCUUAAGCCAAAUCUGAAGUGGCGUCAGGCUUUUGAUGGCUACUUAAAAACUCUGCCUCCAUAUUACCUAUUAACCAAACUAGAGUCAGAACGGAUUCUAGCAUCAGUGGGGAAGAAACCUCCCCAGGAAAUUGGAAUCAGAGUGAAAAAUCAUUCUGGAGGUGGUAUGUCUUUGACUCACAAUAAAAAUUUCCGAAAACUAUUGAAAGAAAUCAUAGGGGAAACUUCUUCAAGACUGACUGAAUUGAAUACCAAAGAAUUUGCUGGCUUUCAAAUAGGGCUUUUAAACAAGGAUUUGAAACCUCAGACAUAUAGAAAUGCUUAUGAUAUUUCACGUAGAGAUCUUUUAGACCAGUUAACCAGAAUGAGAUCCAAUCUGCUGAGAACACACAAUUUUAUUGUUGGACAAGAUGAAGAUUCCCUUCAUAGUGUUCCAGUCGCACAAAUGGGAAACUAUCAGGAAUAUCUAAAGACAAUGGUUUCUCCACUUCGAGAGAUUGAUCCAGAUCAGCCCAAAAGACUGCAUACUUUUGGCAAUCCAUUUAAACAAGAUAAAAAGGGAAUGAUGAUUGAUGAAGCAGAUGAGUUUGUAACAGGGCCACAAAACAAAGUGAAACGUCCUGGAGAACCCAACAGCCCUCUGUCAUCUAAGAGAAGGCGGAGUAUGUCCCCGCUGUUGAGGAAACCACAAACACCACCUACUGUAACUAACCAUGUGGGCGGAAAGGGACCACCUUCAGCCUCGUGGUUCCCAUCUUAUCCAAACCUCAUAAAACCCACUCUUGUACAUACAGAUGCUACUGUCGCUCACGAUGUCCAUGAGGAGAAGAUGGAAAAUGGUCAAAUCCUACCUGAUGGCUUCUUGUCAAAAUCUGCUGCACCAGAGCUUAUAAAUAUGACAGGAGAUGGUAUUCCACCUAACCGAUUGGAUUCUCUGUCUGAUGACUUUACUAGUCUAAGGAAAGAUGUCCUGAUUAACAAACCUGUUAGUAAUGCACUUGUUGGAGGAACCAAAAACUGCAGUGUCCCCGCAGAUGAUCAGAAAGUCUCAGUAACAACUUUCAGAACUGUGCCAAAUACAUUGCAGAUAACUCCUGCUAUGGCACAAGGAAUCAAUGCUGAUAUAAAACAUCAGUUAAUGAAAGAAGUUCGAAAAUUUGGACGAAAGUAUGAAAGAAUUUUCGUUUUGCUCGAAGGAGUGCAAGGACCUCUUGUAGUCAAGAAACAAUUUGUUGAAUUUACCAUCAAGGAAGCUGCAAGGUUUAAAAGACGAGUCUUAAUCCAGUACCUUGAGAAGGCACUAGAAAAAAUAGAUUCCCACCACCUUCUUAACAACGUUAAUCACAUCAACAGCAGAUCUUGA